GCAAAGAGAACAAUGUUUACAAACGCACGAAGGAAAUGAAAUUUGCUAAAAUUAUUGUUUGAGUUUCAUAAAAGGACAUUUUCAAACAAAAUUGAAACAUUUUGUUCACUAGGCCCAACUUCAGUCAACUCUCGAACAUACUGAACCCAACGGAAUUCCGACAACCACGUUGCCAAGCACCGGACCGGUCUGCGGAAAACUUGCAAUACUCUUGUUUAUUCAGCUAUCGAUUGUCUCUCGCCUGCAACCUUAUGUAACAGAGCCACUGCAUUCGAAUGGUCGUUUUCGCGCGCGCCAUCAGCAGCACUCCCCUAAUAAUGGUAAUGAUUCCGGGCAUCUACAAGCACCUCCGCUGCCGGAACAAUGUGUACCCGGGCUGUGACGUUCGGCGCUAUCCGGUGCCGGACGAGAGCGUUUUCUGGUCACAACCGUAUCCGGACUACCAACCGCCGCUGUACGAGGCGCCCGUUUUGAAGGGCAAGGAAUGGGCCGAUCUCGAUGUCGGAGACUCAAACUUCAAGGUCAAAUGGAAUCAGCUGGACGGGGGAGUUAACCGGGUGAGCUUCGUAGGCGAGUAUGAGGUGCGUGAUGGAUUUCCGAUGAACUUGUUCGGGAGAACUGGAAUAAGGGGUAGAGGGUUGCUCGGACGAUGGGGGCCAAACCAUGCAGCGGAUCCCGUGGUAACCAAGUGGAAGAUUGAUGCGGGCGGAAGGAUAGUGGUUAAUGAGGUUUCAGGAAGACAAGUUCUGCAAAUGUGUGCCAUUGAACGGCACGAUUGUGGAGAAUGGGCCAUUCCCGGGGGAAUGGUGGACCCUGGAGAAAAGGUGAGUGCGACCCUUAAACGGGAAUUCAUGGAGGAGGCUCUAAGCAGCAGUAGCGAUACGGAAGAGAUCGAGCAAUUUUUCAACGGCGGAAAGGAGAUCUAUAAGGGGUAUGUGGAUGAUCCGAGGAACACGGAUAAUGCGUGGAUGGAAACGGUGGCGGUCAACUUCCACGAUGAGGAUGGGUCCAUUGUUGGCAGGUUCAAUUUGCAUGCCGGUGACGACGCGGCUAAAGUCAAAUGGAUGGACGUCGAUUCUGGGGUGAAACUGUACGCCAGCCAUGCCAAUAUCAUUAGGCGGGUGGUUGAUGCGAAUGAUGCCCACUGGUGAGAGGGAAUUUCGGAAGAAGUACGAUCGUUGAAUAAUUAUUAUUGAGUAAAAUAAUAACAUGUAUUCAUUACAGUGUUGUAUUUGA